AUGCCUCACGCUGAGACGUUUGACUCUUCGGAGCCUAAGAAGCUCAUUCUGUGUUUCGAUGGCACGGGAAACACCUUCAGUGGUUCCAAUGCGGAUACCAACGUAGUCAAGAUUCUGCGGAAGUUGGAUCGCAACAAUCCAAACCAGUUCCACUACUAUCAAACCGGUAUUGGUACCUACGACAUCAAUGAAAAGUCUGUGAACAAGACUUUUGUGGGUGAAAUUGGUAGUAGUAUUUCAAAAACCAUUGACCAGGGGUUCGGAACUACGUUUGAUGCCCAUGUCAUGGCUGGCUACCGCUUUCUCAUGCGAUACUAUGAGCCUGGAGCAAAGAUCUAUGUCUUUGGUUUCAGCCGAGGUGCCUACACUGCGAAGUUCCUCGCCAGAAUGGUCAACAAAGUUGGCCUUCUCUGCAAGGGUAACGAGGAAAUGGUUCCUUUUGCAUUCCGUCUCUACCAACGUCACUUGCAAGGAGAGAUCCAUGACAGUGAAGUAGCCCAAUGUUCUCAUAGUCACAAGCAUGAUGGCGAAGGUGCUCAGUCUCACGCCGAUGAGAUUCGAUUGCCGGGCCAGGCUCCCGCUGAUGUCAGUGACGAGACCAGGGACGCUUCCAAUGAGAUUGAAGCAUUUAGCCAGACGUUCUGUCGCAAAGAGACGAACGACCAUGACGAGGAGGAGAAUAUCAAGGUAUUCUUCCUCGGAAUCUGGGACUGCGUCGCUUCAGUCGCUGUUCUGGAGCGUAAGGCUCGUAUGCCUGUCCCUGUGACUGGCACAGCACACCAUGUUCGUCACGCGGUGGCUGUUGAUGAGCGUCGUGUCAAGUUCAAGCCCGCUCUUCUUGCGCAGGAUAUCAGAGCUGCCAUCCAUAGCCAUAAGUCAGCCGCGGAGGAAGACAUCAAGGAAGUCUGGUUCCCUGGUAACCACGGCGAUGUCGGCGGUGGCUGGCCCGUCUUGGUAGAAGAAGAGUCUGAUACCAAGACUAAGCAGCCGUUACUCUGCUCCUCGGAACAGAACCUUGUUGAGGAAAAUGGCUCUGAUCAGCCCAAGCCUGAAGUCAAGAAGAUGUCUCUCUGGGGCCGCUUCAAGAACGCUAUCAAGACUUGGAAGGCCGAUAAGGCCAGCACAGAUCUCAACAAUGACUGGCUGCAGAUGAGUGACAUUCCUUUGGAAUGGAUGAUUCGCGAGGUCAAGAAGUGCGGAGAGAAGGACGCGGGUGCUCAAGUUCAUUGGUGCCACAGCCUUGAACCCUUUGAGAAGAUGAUGAAGGAUCCCCAGAGGCGUAUGGAGGCGACCCACGGGUUCAUGCAUGACACUCUUGCUUUUGGAUACGGAACUGCUUUCUUCAAGGUCCUCAUGUGGAAGUUUAUGGAAUGGCUCCCUUUUCUCACUCGCUGGGAAUUGGACGACGCGACAAAGGAAAACGUCAAGCUUCUCGGCUGGAAACCAGUCACUUUUCCCCCGAACAUGGGUUCAUACCGUGACAUUCCCCGCGGCGCAGUGUUACAUCGGUCAUUGCUUGACCGACUGCAGUCAUUCCCCAAUUACGAGCCCGGAAACAACCAUGGUGACAGUUCAAACGAUUGCUUCAAGGGCCGUAACAAAGCCCUGGUGUACGCUGAGAAGGAUACUGAGAACCUAACUCCCGAGAUGGCUCAGCGAUUGAAGGAGUCGCAUUUCAGGAUUCACACAGAAAAAGGGCAAUUGGUCUGGGAAGAGGAUGAGAGGCAUCAAACGUACGACUUCAACCCUCACUUCAAGGGUGCUGAUAACCGAGGACAUGCUCAUUAA